UCGCUAGUCAACUGACUGAUUUUCCACCGUCAUAACUCGCAUACUGCAUCUCGCAGGAUUCCGUUAGUGUCCUAAAACAAGUGGCGCUCAAUAUUUUUGUGGCAUUCGUUAAAAAAUAGUUUUUCUUCUACACUGGACACAAAGUUGAAACUUAAAAGUGACACACUAAUGUUGAAAACAGUAUUGUGUGGUGUUUGAAAAGCCCUCGAAAGGUUUUUCGUACUUCCGACGAUUAAAUUAAUGCAUGACUAGAAACUAGAAAUAAGAUGUUUUCAAAAAAUAACAACUAUCUAGAACAUAACUCAUUUACGAGUGAAAAUGUGCUUCACAUUCCUUAAUGAAUAGUCUGGCGUAAUCAAAUCUAACAGAAAUUUAUUGAUUGUUCCUCGAAAGAAUGCUAAAAACUAUGAGUACGUUUGCUAUAAUUACCUUACUGGGUGUCGGAUUCCACAGCUCAAUUUUGGUGGAUGCGCAGGUGACCCUGUUAAGCUACGGUGGCUCGCAUAAGUUUAAACACAAUGGUUUGGCAACGGUUGAAAUCCAAGCUGUUGUAGGAGGUGCGGCAGAAAUACCGUGUGAUCUAACCCCUUCAACGACCAACGGUUCAGUCCUGCUUGUUGUUUGGUACAAAGAUGAACACACCCCCAUAUACAGCUAUGACACUCGAGGAUCGCUCACUUCAUUACCGCAGCAUUGGCAAAGUUCGAACCUCAGCGGUCGGGCAUUUUUCAGGGCAGACACUGACCCUGCCACCCUGCGAAUCGAGAACGUGGGCGAGAAAGACGAGGGUGAAUACCGCUGCAGGACCGAUUAUCGCAUCUCGCCGACAAAAAACCAAAGGGUGAAGCUCCUUGUUGUUGUUCCUCCACAACAACCAAAGAUUAUUGAUGAAAAGGGGAACACAGUUCGGGGAAUGGCUGGACCUUAUGAAGAAGGGGGAGACGUAAAACUGACUUGUAUCGUCACAGGAGGAAAACCGGAACCGGUUCUGAAAUGGUGGAGAAGUGAAACGCUUUUAGAAUCUACGGAAAUGCACACCGGAUUUGAUCACGUUCGAUCAAAUCAGCUUGUAGUGAGAGGCUUACAGCGCUCUGAUCAGCACGCUAGAUUUACUUGUCAAGCCUCCAACAACAAUAUAAGCCAACCAAUGUCACAGACUGUAGCAAUCGAGAUUUAUUUUCGGCCAUUAAAAGUUGAAAUUCUGAGCAGUAACCAACCGUAUUCGGCUGACAGGAAGUACGAUAUCCAGUGCCAAACAUUUGGCUCUAGGCCUCCGGCCAAAAUAUCAUGGUGGCUGGAGCGACAACAGCUCCUCGACACGCUACACAAUAUUACCGAAACCAUUUCUGCUGAUGGAAACGUGAGCAUGUCGACUCUCAUUUUCACGCCCACUAGACUGGACAAUGGAAAAUCCCUUACUUGCAGAGCCAGGAACCACUUAGUGCAAGGCGGCGUUGAAGAAGCCACUAUAAAACUCAACGUUUUCUAUAUAGCCAUAACUCAUCUCAGUUUGGGACCGAAAUUGAAUCCUGAUGAUAUUGAAGAGGGUGAUGACGUCUAUUUCGAGUGUAAAAUUAACGCCAAUCCUUGGGCCUAUAAAGUUGUCUGGAAACAUAACGGGGUUGUAAUGCAGCACAACCAGAAGGGUGUCAUUAUGAGCGACACUAAUUUAGCUUUACAAGCGAUUACAAGACACCAAGCAGGAAAUUAUUCUUGCACGGCAUCAAAUGUUGAGGGCGACGGCGAAAGCAACGUGGUCGAUUUAAAAGUUAUGUACAAACCGAUAUGUCGAGCGGGCUUGAAGAGGGUCUACGGCGUUGCCCGACACGAAAACGCCGAGAUAUUUUGCGAAGUGGAAUCGUAUCCGCCUCCGGAGAAAUUCAGAUGGUCCUUCAAUAACACCUCGGAAGCAAUCGAUGUUCCUAGGACGCGAUAUCGUUCCAAUGAACAACAAGGAUCUUCAACAUUGACAUACACACCCGUCUCUGAAAUGGACUACGGCACGGUAAUGUGUUGGGCCAGUAAUCUUGCCGGUAAGCAAGAGGAUCCUUGCGUCUUUCACGUCAUAGCCGCCGGAAAACCAGACCCGCCUAUCAACUGUACCAUCUUCAACCAGACAUCCGAAUCUCUACAAGUUGAUUGUAUUGAUGGUUUUGAUGGGGGACAGCCACAAUUCUUUCUGCUGGAAGUUUACGAAUCUUCGUUUAACAGCUUACUGAAAAACAUUUCGGAGAAGUUCCCCGCUUUUAAUGUCGAUGGCUUAGAACCCGGAAAAAUUUUGAAACUCAGGGUCUACGCUGCCAAUUCGAAAGGGAGCAGCGAAAAGAUCGAACUGGAAGGAUUCACGCUGAAAAUUGCCGAAAAACAAACCGUUUUAUCACUCGGAGCCAGGGAUCAGUUCGAGAUCGCUCCCAUACUGGGGGUGUUAGUAGGGGUGGUGACGGCUCUUCUGCUCGUAUCGGUGUUGAUUGUAGCCGCCUUAAAAAUUCGAUCUACUCGGAACAGCGGCUCACACGCACUAAGGCCCGGAUUUUUGGCCGUCAAAGAAAAAGCUACUCUACCCUUGAGAUCCGAAUCCGAAGAUUUGUUUGAAAAGGAUGAUAAGAACCCUGACAUCAUACCUGCUAACAAAGACUCGGACUAUCAACUGGGGUCAGCUGCACAAACUCCUGGACUGAAUAAUUCAACGGCGUCCGCUAACUAUCAAAUGCCGCAGAGUCAACACAUUACACCCAUAUCGGAAGCUUACCUAGCCAGGGACCAAACCUACUCGCCACAAGCGGGGCGUUACACACCAUUUCGGGAUGUUUUCUAAUUACAUAUUUUAUUUU